GCUAACCAUUUAUAAAGUAGUUAAAACUAGCUAACUGUAUAUAAAGUAGUUAAAGCUAGCUAACUGUAUAAAGUAGUUAAAACUAGCUAACCGAAGCAGUAUUUUAAUGUUGUACUUAUUAUACAUCAACACAUCAUAUGAGCUCAUCAUCAACAUAAUAUUUCACUCUGAAAUGUAGUGGAGGAAAAGUCUCACUGAAUGGAAAUAGCAAAGUACCAUCACAUCUAUACUGUCCAGCUUUGUGGUACCUGUAGGGAGUUUUUCAGGUGUUAAGGUUCAACCAAUAGGAUGUGGAGGACUUGUGGUGGGUGGGGCAUUAAAAAAUAAGAGACAUGCACUGUACCUGUAGCUGCCAUUCAACACAUCAGCAGCCCAGAGAGGAGAGGAGUCACUCUGCAGGUCAUCAAAACCACCAAAGUCUCAGAGAAAACACAGAGGACAUGUCCACAGUGUCCUCGGUGGUAGCUGCAUUAAGCUGUGUCACCAUCAUGGCCGACAUGAAGGCCUCCUGUCAGGAGUUUGAGGUGACAGUCCACACCUCACCUGGUCCCACCUGUGGAACAUUCAGCCGCCUGUGGCUUAACCUGAUUGGCUCGCAGGGGGAGACUCCACCCAUCAGCGUGAACGAGGGCGACCACCAUCUCCUGCCUGGAUCGACGUGUCCGGUUUUGGUCCGGGCCAACGGGCCUCUGGGUCGUCUGGUUCUGGUCCGGCUUCAUCUGGAGGCUCGAACCGGAUUCCCCAACCUGGACUGGCACUGCAGCCGGGUGGAGGUCCGCAGGCUGGCAGACGGACAGGCCAAGGAGGCAGGGCAAGGUGUGACGGGACCUCAGGAUCCAGAACUACAGGUGUUCCUGUGUGACAGAUGGCUGCGGACAGCAGAUGGCGACGUAGAGCUGCAGAGUGCGAAGUGGUGUUUGCUGAAGGACGAGACAGACGAGAAGUUGAAGCAGCAGCGACUCAAGCAGCUGCAACAUCAACAGAAGCAAAUCAGAUGGCGUAAGUUCGUCGAUGGCGCUCCUCAGUGUGUUGACCUGAACAGUCUGUCUGAACUCGGGCCGAACUUCAGCUACUCACACACGAGUCCAGCCACUAACCUGCACUACCUGAAGGGCUUCAAUGACCGAGCACAGGCCUGGACGAGUUUCACAGAGCUGGAGGUGGUUUUCGCCCACAGCGGACACCAGAACAACACCGCCAGGUUCGUGAAGGCUCACUGGAAGGAGGAUUGGUAUUUUGGCUACCAGUGUCUGAAUGGCUGCAACCCUCUGCUGCUGCGUCAGACCCGCCUCCUCCCUCCAAACCUGUCCGUCAGCUCUGACAUGCUCCGCCCCUUCCUGCCUGAAGGCUCCUCCCUUGAGCAGGAGCUAAAGAAAGGGGCCGUUUACCUGUUGGACUACGAGGUUCUGGACGGCGUCCCAGCCAACGUGGUCAAUGGGAAGCAAACGUAUCUGUCCGCUCCACUGUGCCUCCUCCACCUGAACCAGCAGGGACAACUGCUCCCCAUCGCCAUCCAGCUGCAGCAGACACCCGGCCCUCAGAACCCGGUCUUCCUGCCCUCUGACUCCGGCUGUGAUUGGCUGCUGGCUAAGAUUUGGGUUCACAGCGCAGACUUCCAGUGUCACCAGCUGUCCUCCCACUACCUGAGGACUCACAUGCUGGGGGAGCUGUUCUGCGUGGCCACGCUGCGACAGCUGCCAGAGCUGCACCCGCUGCAUCAGUUGCUGAUGCCACACGUCAGGACGUCACUGCAGAUCAACUUCCAGGCCAGAGCCUCGCUGCUGGCUGCUGAUGGGGUGUUUGAUAAGGCGAUGGGCUGUGGUCUGCAGGCGUUACCUGUAUUUCUGUCCCGGGCGUCAGACAGGAUUUAUUAUCGAUCCCUGUGUGUCUCUGACGACCUGAUCGACCGCGGUGUGGACAAACUGCCCCAGAGCUACUACGCCCAGGACGCCCUGAGAGUCUGGGACGCACUGCACAGGUUUGUGGUCCGCUGGGUGGAUCUGUAUUACAGUGGAGACGAUGAGGUGCAGCAGGACUCUGAGCUUCAACACUGGAUCACUGACAUCAACACACACGGAUUCAACCACGACUCAGGCUUCCCUCAGUCUUUCCAGACCAAAGCAGAAGUGUCCAAGUUUGUCACCAUGAUCAUCUACUGCUGUUCAGCUCUACAUGCCGCUGUUAACUUCUCCCAGUUGGAUUUCGCCCUCUGGAUGCCAAACUGUCCGGCGUCCAUGUUGCGUCCUCCUCCGCAGGUCAAAGGCUCGGUGACGGAGGACGACAUCAUGUCCUUCCUGCCGGAUGUGAACUCGACCUGUCGCGUCCUGAUGGUGCUGACUCUGCUGUCGCAGCCCAGCGUCAACUUUGUUCCUCUGUGUCACUACAAGGAGGCCGUCUUCGGAGACGGCGGCCACCGCAGGCUGGUGGAGGAUGUGCAGGCUGAACUCAAGGCCAUUUCUGAUGACAUCACAGAGCGCAACAGCCAACUGGAGCUGCCGUAUCCUUACCUCUGUCCUAGACACAUUGAGAACAGUGUGGCCAUUUAAAUCCCCGUUUGCUUCUUCAACAAUAUCCAAGAACUGUGAUUAUUUUAUAAAAGAAAUGAAUUCAAAGUCAACUUUAUUGUCAAUUCUGCCAUUUGUACAAGACAUAUGGAGGAUGAAAUGCUGUGAAAAUCAGUGUAAACAGCUGUAUGUGAUUCACAGUGAUUCAAUACUUAUAUUCCUAAUGAAUAAGGUUCAUUUUGUUGUCUAAACCUUUUACUGCUUUUCUCCAUCAGUUUGUUUUUUAACUAUUACAAAAAAUAAUUCAUUUUACUUCUUAGCUGACACGAUUAUAUUGUGGAUAUAAAACCUCUGAGACAAAAAUAUCUGAUUGGUUUUGGUUGUUUCUAUCAACUGCAGAUUCAUUUUCUGUUGAUCAAUGGCAAGUUACAAGUGUCUGUAAAUGGAUUUUUGUGGAAAUAAACUGAAACCCAGAGCCGA